AUCAUGGUGGACAGCAGACAAGAAGUGAUGACCGACGGGAGAUCGAAUUGAAAACAAGACUGAAAAUUGAUUAUAAUCUGUUAUAGCUACUAAAUCUUCAUGGAGACCAAAGAAGAACCAGCCAUGGACAACAGACCGGCCUACAACUGGGUAGAUAUCACUUCAGAGUUUGUAGAGGCUGCAUCAGACCUUCAGCUUGGGGAACUUUUACAUGACUCCACAUUUGGAUUGUUUGAAGCCAUGUCUGCUAUAGAAAUGAUGGACCCUAAGAUGGAUGCUGGUAUGCUGUGUAAUCAAAUUCAAAGGAAAGUUCUGAAUUUUACAGAAGGUACAGAGUCAGGUGAAUUGAAGAUCAAGGAUCUGAGUAUACCAGAACUGAUUGGUAUUAUGGAUGCAACACUGGCAUGCAUGGUAACUUGGCUGGAGGGUCAUUCCCUGGCGCAGACUGUAUUCACAAACCUGUACUUACACAAUCCAUAUGUAAUAGAGGACCGCUGCCUGAAGGCCUUCAGCCUCUGUACACUGAAAAUUGUCGAUCACAUACGUGACCGCGUCAACAGAGCUGGUGUUUUUGAAGAGGAAGAUUUCCAGACCAUGACAUAUGGGUUUAAGAUGGCAGGAGAUGUUACUGAUGUACGAGUGACAGGUAUGAUGAAGGAGUUGGAGGAUGAUCUACACAGAACUCUCAAGACCACAAGAAGUAAACAGGGUGAAGAAAGAGAUGCGGAGACAGAAAGGGAGCAUUACCUGACUAGUACAUUGUUCUCCAGAGUAAAGUUCCAUCGAUUGUUCUAUGCCAUGCUGUUAUCAUUUAGUAAGGAGAAGUGUGAAGGAAUUCCUCAGUCCCAAAAGAUGAUUGUCCAGCUCCAGGAACUGAUUCCUACAAUCCGAGACACUCUGUCUGUUGGUGUACAACCAGAGAAGAGGGAACUUAGUAAAAAUGACUAUCCUACCAUUAUGGGGUUUGAGCCCCUGGUGAACCAGAGGUUGCUACCACCCACAUUCCCGAGGUACACUAUCAUUAAGAGUCGUGAGGCUGCUUUGGAUUAUAUGGAAACCCUUCUUAGUCGUCUCAUGGUGGUCACCACAGUUCCACAAAUGACAUCACUUCACACGGUGCUGGACACCUUUAAAGACUUCAGUAAGACAUCACCUUGUGUUCUGUCUAGGUCAAUAUUACAGUUAACACUCUUGCCUCCAAAUAAGCGUGUGUUCGGGGUGAAUUCAAUUGUUGACUUUCUCAAGGAAACCAUCAGAGGCUUCAUAGCACCACCUGCUCUCAGCUCCAAAUCUUCCUUGUUCAACAAUCCCCAGGCCAAAACAUAUGUAGAUGCCUGGUUCAUGCAGGCUGUGCGUCCUAUAUGUACCCUGAUUCAGACAACAGGUCAUAACCGUGCCCGACAGCGUGACAAGUGGGGACAUCUAUUGGAGGACCUGUCUGCCCUACAGGAGGAGGCUGACAAGGUAGAUGCAUACCUACACCAGCAGCUGACAAAGACAGAGCCUAACAGGCAACACUUGGCUUGCCUAGGUAAUUGGGUACUAUACCACACACUUCAGGCUAUGAUAAGCUAUCUCCUGUCAGGCUUUGAACUUGAGCUGUAUGCACCUUAUGAAUACCACUACAUAUUUUGGUAUCUCUAUGAAAUGCUGUAUUCAUGGUUAAUAAAUACACUUCACCGAGCAGACAACUUUUUACUGGAGCAUGAAACCAUCACAGACAAUCAGCAGAAAGGGCGAAACAACAAGAAAAACAAAAAGAGAAAGAGGACAAAGACAUUGAACAGAGAAAUUAGUAUGGCACAAGCAGAACAGCAUAUGUUUGGUGGUUACUAUAAGGCAGUGCUGGGGCUGAGACUGGAUGGAAAGUUAGUGUAUCCAUCCUUUGAGUUUGACAGUGAGGAGGUGCAGUAUUCCCAUCGUUUCCUCCCCUUCACAACUGUGUCUACGCCACCAUAUAUACACUACGCCCAGUACAAGGAAAUGUCAGACUUGAAGCGAUAUGAGCCGGAGGCCUCAGCCCAGAGUUUGUACACAGCAUCAUGUAAAUGUUUCCACCAAGCCAAAACACUUCUUGAGAGUUUGUCCUCCACCAAUGAGGAGAUUCAGACAUUAAUCAAAGUUGCCAAGACUAACUUUGUGGUUAUGAAGUUGUUGAUGGGAGGACAUAAGAAAGAUAGUAAUGAGCCGCCAGACUUUGAUUUCAGUCAACAUAAAGUCUACCCAGUGAUGAAGUUGACCUGAACAGUGUGAUGUGACUUGAUGUGAUAUUGAUUACAUUAUUCCUAUCAUGAAAGGACUACAGGACUUUAAUUUAUAAAAAAAAAAAUACACAGCUUUUUCAUUUCAUAAUAAAAGAUAUAAAAUGAUGUCAAAAAUUG